AUGGACGACAUCGUGGUGGUGGCGCCGGGAACGCAGCCCUCCCGCAACGUGAGCAACGAUCCCGAUGUCAUCAAGCUGCAGGAGAUCCCAACUUUCCAGCCCCUUUUAAAAGGACUCCUCAGCGGGCAGACCUCUCCGACCAACGCCAAGCUGGAGAAGCUGGACCCCCAACAGGUGCUGCAGCUCUGUCUCCGGUACCAAGACCAUCUUCACCAGUGUGCGGAAGCAGUGGCCUUUAUCCAGAAUGCGUUAGUGAAGCGAAUCAAGGAGAUGGAUCUCUCUGUGGAAACUCUGUACAGCUUCAUGCAGGAGCGCCAGAAGAGGUAUGCCAAGUAUGCGGAGCAGAUCCAGAAGGUCAACGAGAUGUCUGCCAUCCUGCGCCGCAUCCAGAUGGGCAUCGACCAGACCGUGCCGCUCAUGGAGCGGCUGAACAGCAUGCUGCCAGAGAGCGAGCGGCUGGGGGCCCUCCGCAUGAAACCUGAGCGGGAGCUGAAGGCCUAGCCGAGCCA